AUGGGCUGCUGCUCCGGCCGCUGCGCGCUCAUCUUCCUCUGCACUUUCCAGCUGGUCACCGCCCUGGAGCGGCAGGUGUUCGACUUCCUGGGCUACCAGUGGGCGCCCAUCAUGGCCACCUUCAGCCACAUUGUCGCGGUCAUCCUGGGGCUCUUCGGCGCCAUCCAGUACCGGCCUCGCUACAUCGUGGUGUACGCAGUGUGGGCGGCCGCCUGGGUCACCUGGAACGUCUUCAUUAUCUGCUUCUACUUGGAAGUGGGGGGCCUCUCAAAGGACAGCGGGCUCCUGACCUUCAGCCUCUCCUGGCACCACUCCUGGUGGCGUGAGCAUGGCCCGGGCUGCGUGCACAAGGAGCCGGCGGCCAGCCUGGGUCCCCCGGACAGCCAGGCCCUGGUGCCAGGCACUGGCUGCACCCUGGAUCAUGGCUACGUGGAGGCCCUGCACAGCGCCCUGCAGAUCCUGCUGGCGCUUAUGGGCUUCGUCUGUGCCUGCCAUGUGGGCAGCGCCGUCACCGAGGAGGACAGCUUUGAUUUCAUUGGUGGAUUUGACCCAUUUCCUCUCUGCCAUGUCAGAGAAAAGCCUUCCAGCCUCUCGUUCGCGCAGGCAUGCCUGGACGAGGGCACAGCAGCCCCGCUGACCGCUGACUGCGCCCUCCUUCCGGCUUCUCUGCGCCUGCUCACCCCCACCUCGCCCCGCAGGCCGGCCGGCGGCGUAGGUGAAGAGCACCCAUCCCCCCCCGCCCCCCGCGACCUCCAGCUUCGGUGA